GGCGGCCGGAGCGGAAGCCUCGCUGGCAGCCCGCAGCCUGCGCGGAAGGGCCGCCUCGGGGCGGCCGGGGGCUCGGGCAGGGAGAGCCUGGAGCUGAAGGACAUCUUCAUCGCGGUGAAGACCACGAGGAAGUACCACAGGAGCCGGCUGGACUUGCUCCUCCAAACCUGGAUCUCCCGGGCGAGGGGACAGACGUUCAUAUUCACGGACUGGGAGGAUCGGGAGCUACGCCUGAAAGCAGGGGAUCAUAUGAUCAACACCAACUGUUCUGCUGUCCAUACGCGGCAAGCUCUCUGCUGCAAGAUGUCUGUGGAAUAUGAUAAAUUCCUGGAAUCUGGGCAAAAAUGGUUUUGUCAUGUGGACGAUGACAACUAUGUGAACCCUCGGACUCUCCUGCGUCUCUUAUCCGCCUUCUCACACAGCCAGGAUGUCUAUGUGGGGCGACCGAGUCUGGACCAUCCCAUUGAAGCAGCCGACCAUGUCCAAAGUGACGGUUCAAAGACAACCGUGAAAUUCUGGUUUGCCACAGGUGGAGCAGGGUUCUGUAUCAGCAGAGGUCUUGCCCUGAAGAUGAGUCCCUGGGCCAGCCUGGGUAAUUUCAUCAGUACUGCAGAAAGAGUGCGUCUUCCUGAUGACUGCACUAUUGGCUACAUCAUUGAAGGGCUGCUGGAGGUAAAGCUGCUGCACAGCCCGUUGUUCCAUUCCCAUCUGGAAAAUCUGCAGAGGCUACAAGGCGAGUCUGUGCUGCAGCAGGUAACCCUAAGUUACGGGGACCCUGAGAACAAACACAAUGUUGUGAGUGUGGGAGGAGUGUUUGGCCUUCAGCAAGAUCCAACCCGAUUUAAGUCUGUCCAUUGUCUGCUCUAUCCUGACACUAUUUGGUGCCCUGCUAAGAAGAUGUCAUAAUUCUUGACCAGUCAUUGACACCUGUAUCUCACCUAGUUUGCAUAAGAGAGGAGUUGUGGUGGACUUUUUGGUGGUUCUUUUUCUCUUCGUCUGGGAGACAACCAGAGGUAUCUACAAAGGAGGUAGAUAGACUCUAUUUACAAAAGCAAGAAGGUGUGGUUUGUUCAGCUGCAGCCAGGGACGUUCCAAGGAGAGUCCUUCUUCUUUUGUCCAGUGGCUCUUUGUAUAAUGACUACAGUCACACGUGUACAAGUCACUUCAUACUUCUGUCUGAUGUCAUAUGAAUCUGUGCCUGGACACAUCCUAGGCAAAUGCAGUACUUGGAAUGAUAGCAUUCUUACUACUGUUAAGGGCUUGUAGAGGCCAUUGUCUUGAAGCUGGAGUGCUAUAGCAGACUGUAGUCCCCAUGGUGACAAGAGUGGAAGUUUUCACUCGUCUGUCUUGGGAACAGAAUUACUUAAGAGCUUCUGUGGCCUGCCAUAUUAAAAUUCCACCUGUGCACCGGAAAAGGGUCUGUUCAUAAACACCAGAAAUCCUGGAAUCACUAGGGUAAACAAGGCAGAAAGCCUUUGUCAUGGGAAAACCCUGUGUAAAGGUAAGCUUACUCAGGGCUGGACAAGAGUUGCUUACAGUGCACAUUCUCCCCUAUAGUCAUGUGUACCUCCCAUGGAGGUGAUUGUCAGACUUGGCUCUUUUACCAGCUGAAUUGCAGUGGUUGUUGAUUAUGAUGGUGGUCUGCCAGGUCCAAGACUAUUCCCUUGAUAUUUGAUACUGAAGAAAUAUUUGCCAGACUAGAUGGUAAUCGUUUCUCCUGCUUUGCCCACAGCAGGUUGUAUGAGCUAGAGCAUGCUCACUGGCCGAUGAAACACGCCCUGUUUCUGAAGUUGUGCUGUAUCUUUUGCUGUCUGUGAGGGAGGAGGAAUGCUAGAUAGCUGUAAUGCCCUGAGGAAGUUUUUGAUGGUAUCAUUUGAGGACCUUUGAUUGUAUGACUCUGGUUACUCCACUUCAGCUUCUUCAGAUAAUGUUUUGAUUACCUUAAGGUCUAGAUCAGUGUUUAUUUUUACUCUGCUGCUAACGUUUCAAUAAAUAGUUCAUGCAAUCACUAAAAGGAGACUGCACACUACACAAAGGCAGCAGAAGUUCAAUGCUGUAGCAGUAUCACCUGCUGCUGCUUUUUAAAUAAAGUAAGCUUAGUUUUGAAAGUGGAAGAAAUGGGGCUCCGUAUUUUUACCUUUCUGUUAGCCCAAACUUCGGCCAUGUGCAAUCCCUACCUGACAUGAAGAAUAGCAUAAAAAAUGAAUUUGCAAAACCACUGUUUACUCUCACAAAUUCUUCAGAAAAUACUUGCUGGUUUAGUGCUAGAGUCUGAGGCUGAAUUAAGGGGAGAAUAAUAGAAUGACGUUGUAUAACCUGGAACAAUGAUUAACGGCUAGAAUGUAGAGCUAGCAAAAAUUUCAGAUUUCUAAACAGCUGUGCUGAGCUGUACUGUGGACUUCAGCUAGUUGCUUAACUUCCUGCCAUUUGAAAAGUGGUAUAACGUAGGCAAAUGCCUGCAGUGUAUUCAAGUAUGAAACAGCAGAGGUGUCAGCCUCCUGAAAUAACACUGUUCCCUGCACUCCUUAUUUUUAACACAAACCUUUCAGCAAUUACCUGGGUAUACUGUCCCCUCUGCAUGAUUUUAGUUAAUUCCACUGAGGAGCAAACAAGCUGCUAUUUGCCACAGUCCUGCAGCUCAUUCUUAAAUUUCUCCUUUCCUUCAUGGCUACUAAGGUGACCAUGAGGUAUGGAAAUAAGAAUGCUGCAGGGAAUUAGAUCAAAGUCCAGCUAGCACAGUGGCUGUUCCAUAACAGGUACACCUGUAACACUGACAGCCUGUUACAGAAAACAGAGGAGGACUUGCAGAAUAGUAGGUUGUGGCAUGUUCUACCUCUUUAUUAGGUCUUCUGCUCACUAGAACUGAGGUGUCCUAGGGUUUAAAGAUUUGUCAUUAAUAGUGCUGGAGACUCGUGAUAUCUAUAUAAAUACUUUUUUUUUUUUAAAUACUUGUUAGGUUCCUGUUUUCAACCUGUAGCAGUAAGCUGUGAAGCUUCAUGAGCUCUUGAUGAGAUUUUUGUCUUAAAACGCUGAUUCUGAACACUUCUGGUGGAGCUUUUCUUCCUCUUCCACUGGUAGCAGCCUCUUGUAAGAUAUCACAAACAACAUGGAUGGGGUAGUGAUUAUGUGGCAAACUGCUGUUCAAAAAUGACACCACUUCAUAUGGAUGGCAGCAAAACUGAGUAGUAGAAGUAUCACUCUAGUUGCUGGUCACCCUAAACAAGGUGUGCCAAAGAGGCAGCAUACUUUUAAGCUGGUAGGGUGUUCAUUAAACUGAAAAAGGACCACAUUCUCCUGCAUGGCAAUACAGGACUGUUCAAUGGGUUCAAGCUUCUUCUAAGGUUUCUUGUGUUGACAAUACAGUAGGCUGUGUGGCUAUAUCAGG